AGUGAUAGAGAGACAUAUCAGUGAGCCUCAUAGAGGACAGCUGCAGUGAGGAUUAUAUCGGCUAUUAAUCAGGAAUUAAGAAAUACUGUAGGCCUAUUUCCAAAGUAUUACAAAAAAUAUCAUUUUGCUCAGGGUGCGAGUACUGGCGUGUUAAUAACGCAGCUCAAAAGAGGAGUGUGAGUUAAUUAUCAUCAUAAUUUUCAAAGUUGACUGUGAUUUGGAACUUGGGAUGAAGUGUCUCAGUAUCAUUGUUAUUGGUUUUUGCCUCCUGUUGAAUAAAUGUGCCGGUGAUCCAUCAGUGCCGGUGCACAGUCUUCGCUUGGUGGUUGCUGUUUUUCGUCAUGGCGAGCGCACACCUUCCUACACAUAUCCCAAUGACCCACAUAGAAAUAAGGACUUCUAUCCCUUGGAGUGGGGUGAUUUAACCAAUGCAGGGAAAAAAACCAAUAUGAGAUUGGAAAACUGCUGAGGACCCGGUACAAGUCAUUUUUGAGCGACAUCUACUCUCCAAGAUAUGUAACGGCUCAAACAACUGACUUUGACCGAACCAAGAUGAGCAUGCAAUUGGUGCUGGCUGGACUGUUUCCACCAACACAGGCACAGAAAUGGAACAAAGACUUGAACUGGCAGCCAAUACCCUACCAGUAUGAGCCACUGUCCCAGGACAAGCUUUUACUUGUGAAUACACCUUGCGAAGUACACCGCUACAAUGAAGCAAUGGAUGAGGUCAUGAAACUUGAAGAGGUAAAACAGUUGAUGAAGGAAAAUGAGCCAACUUUUGAGUUGUUGACCAACAUGACAGGAAUGGAAGUAAAAGAGUUCAAUAAUUUGCUACUUAUUCAAGGAAUCCUGAAAGCUCAGGCAGAACUCAAUUUGAAACUUCCUAACUGGACAGAAAAGGUUUAUCCAGAACCAUUGAAUCAAUUGGCGGCUAAAGCCUUCUCGUUGUUUGCAUACACACCUGAAUUGAGAAGGAUCAAGGGAGGUCCACUUUUGAGAACCAUUCUAGAGCAUUUGACUGAUAAAAGCAAUAAUUCCGGGAAAAAUCAACUAUACCUGUACGCCGCUCAUGAUAACACAAUUGCUAAUCUUUUGAACGCAUUGCGAGUGUGGAAAGAACAUAUUCCCGAUUAUAAUGCAAUGAUUCUUAUAGAAUUACACCAGUUGAAUCGUAAUAAUCUGCAUGCAGUCAAGAUAUUUUACCGUAAGUCCGAGAAUCAUAAGUUGGACGAAUUGAAACUGUCUGGGUGCGGAGAAGUAUGUUCUCUGGAGGAAAUUCAGCAUUUGACAAGAGAUGUGAUAGCAACUGAUUCAACCAAGCAUUGUAUAGACGCCGACUUUGAUAAAUUAUUCGGGGAACUGCUUCCGGGUGAUUUGGGGGGUAUAGAGUACCUUCCAAAUGGAAGGGGGCGCGGGAAUUUUUUUAAAAACACAAAUCUGAAACAGGAUUUUUCAAAAACUUUUUUGGGUGACGGUUUAUAAUCAGUAUAGACACCGUAAUUUAAAUUUUCAACGUUCCAUCGAUUUUUAAAGCGCAACGUUUUUGGCGUUUUGGUUUCUUCUACAAAUUGCUGUUUAUCUUUCAAGUAGGAGAAUCAACCAAGUCUGAUCCCUUCCAUUCACUCCUAGAGCCUCUGAUGAGUCUUACAAUUAAGCAUUACUGGACAUAAAACCAUAGAAUGGCUCUAUUUUAUAGAGGCUACCUACUUAUUUUUACUAUUUUUAUAUUUCAAUAUAGUUGCUCUAUGAACCAUCUAUUGAUUUUUAGUGAAAGAUUGGAAUCAUCAAUAAAUAAUUGUUAUAUCAUGAUGAAAUACCACUUAUAAUUUAUAUUCCUACAGAAAAUCAUUUUUAAAGUAUUUGUAGUAUUUGUAUUUAUGAAAUGUUUGAAUGUUAUUAAGUCGAAGAGUAAAUAUUCGUGGUAAAGAAAUGACACUGCGAAACAUUUUUCUUUACAAACUAUAUUCAACUCAUGUACAUAGUAUCCUAUGAUGGCUCAUUGACCUAUAUAAACUAUUUAUUAUUGAUCUAGUUAUAAUACUUUUUAUUUUUGUAAUUUAUCUGGACUGAUUUAUCACAUUGAACAAUGAGUAAACAGUUUUCAGGACCUGAAAAUAAUGAAUAAGGAUGAAUUAUUUUAUUCAAAAUCCUAAGAGCUACUGAAUUGAAAUUGCAGAAGAAAAAUUAUUUCUACAGUAUAAUAAUUGUAUAAGUGUUGUAGUUGUGUUUGUAUAAGUGUAUUAUAUAAAUCAAUACAUAAAAUAAAAAAUGAUAAUUUACCGAACACACAGAAGAAAAACAAAACACAAUAAUAAUGUAAUCAUUAUUGAAAUGGCUUACACAACACAACUGUAAUGUGAAAUCAUGUCAAAUUAAUAAUAUCAUACCAAUAAAAGAAAUCAUGAUGAAUUGAACUAUACUGUAUCACUGAACUGUACAAGAUAUUGUCAAAAUUUGAAAUUCUAACAUUUCUAUUGGGGAUAGAAUGAUAAUGUCCAGGUGGAUUUUAUCUUAUCUAAUGUGGACGCUCUUUUGGGUAUCUUAUAUUGGUGAUAUAGAGAAUAAUUUAACAAACACUCUAAAGGUGAUCCAGAUAUUUUUGUCUAUCGAACACAUCUAUUUCUAUUCAAAUUCAGUUUCAAUUCAACUAUGCAAAGGCAAAUUAAUGUAAUUUAUAAUAGCAGGCGACUCUAAAGGUGCGUACAGACUUUCGCUCUGCUCCGCAACCGAACGUCACUCGAGCAGAGCGAUUGAUGAUCGACCGGGGAGCAAGAGUGGAACGAGAGAAGAGCUAACAUCUCCCGUAACGUUCAUGAUCGGUGCGAGUGAAGAACGGGGGCAGAACGAAGGCGGUGCGUGCGCGGAGCAGGUUGGAGGCGCGUAUAUCUGUACGUAGCUUAAUAUGCAAAGGCAAAUCAAUUUACUAUCAUAAAAUAAUUAACAAUAGCUGUUGCAAUAUUAUAUUCAUUACAAUAGAAAUGUAUUAAAAGAAUGAAUUCUAAUACUUACAUUGGCCAAAGAGGUCAUAUUCAAUUGCUGAAGUCCAUAUGGUCUCAACUCUAGCCUGGCUGAAGCACCUAUCAUCAUGGUGUACAGUACUUUCCUUGUAAAGUAUGGCCUGUUCACCCAAUCACUGUCCCAUAUCGAUACUCUCACUCUUCCAAUCUGAAAAGUUUAUCAAUUUAUACUAUUCAUUCGAAAUACAAGUUCAUUCCAUACACGAAAGUACAUUAUUAAGAUCUACUGAACGUUUAAACUAUUGGCAUAAUAAACUUGUGAAGCUGGCUGAAGUAUAACGGUCAUGAGAGCGGGUGAUGACUCUCAUUUUAAAUAAGUCAUAAGAAAAGAAACUGAUCAACCAUUGAGAAAUAUUCAAAUAAAAAUUUUGUCCUUCGUCCUUGCUAUCAUUUGAAGUAUAAACAGCCAGUAAAAAUAUUCAUAUUUUCAGAUUUAUAUUUCGCUCUUUGCAUAUUAUUGGCAAAUAAUAUUUCUAUAUCUAGAAUACAAAAUUAUCUAUGACUUGCACAGAAAGUAUCUUGUUGAGGUAUGAGAACAGAACAGCAAUUUCCCAUCAAUAAUGAUGUUUUGAUGGAGUUUACAGGAAGGUGAAGAAUGUUUUUGUUUUCAAUUUUAAUGCCAAAACGUCAAGUUGCCUGUUUCAAAUAGAUUAUAUUCACUGCGAAACACACAAGUUGUAUCUGUGACAGGAUUAUUAAUAUUGGAAAUAGAAAUAAAAUUUCAUAUUCACCCUGUCCUCUAAAAUUUGUCCGAAAGAAGAAAAUCCUACAAGCAUGAGUAGAACAAAACACGUGAAACCUCCAUACUUUAUUUUGUCGCCACCCUGAAACAAUAUAGAAUACUUCAAAUAUAUUAAUAAUAAUAAUAACGAAGAUUUAAAUUUUUAAACGUUAAAACUAAAUUUAUAUGCUAUUAAUUAGCAAUUGAACGAAUGCGAUAUUAUACUUCUUGACAUCGAUAGAACAAAAUAAUGUAUUCGUAAAAAAAUACAAACAGCAGAUAAUUACACUGCUCCUUCGAAUUCAUUUAAAUGCUACUCAGUUUCUCUCAUUCAAAUAGUAUUUGAAAAUAUGAACACAUGAAUUGUGGAAGUGUACUAUACUCUAAUGGAAAAAAUGGAAGAACAUCUACACAAAAACAUAUUUCUUUCCAAAAAGUGCAAGCUUUCAUUUCAGUACAUAUUGAAAAGUUCUUGGAAAAAUAAUCUCUGUUGAGACUAUGUACGAUACCAACAGUACUUAAUCAUUCCCUACCUCAAGAAUGCUGAAUAAUCCCAGGCAUAAUUGUACAACACAUCCUUGUAAAAGAUUUAUUGUAGCUGUCUCUAUGCCUUUUUUUAGUAAUCUGGUUUCUCUGGAAUUCGAAAAAAAUAUAAUAUUAUAAAAAUAUUAUUGUGAAUUUUAAUUUACCUAUUAUUAAUAAUUUAUUGUUUAUAAUUAAUUUAAUUAUUAUAAUUAUAUUGUGUUGACCGGCCUAUAUGUAAAAUUAUGAUGUACUAUUGAGGCUAAUAAAUAUAUUCUAUUCU